AUGCAUUCAUAGUUUAUGAACAAUAGCAUCUCAAAUUCUAUUAUUGAUUUGAAUAACAUGAUGUAGUAUCCUUAAAAUAGUGCCAAUAAAUUUUAAAAUAAUAUCAGUAAAGUUAAUGAUUCAAUAUUUUAGAUAUUACCAGGAGAUUAAAAGAGUGUUAAUUAGCCUUCUGUUUUGAAUAACACAAAAUAUAAAGGAAAGUUUGUUUUAGCUAAGAGACUUUCUGAAUCUAAUUUACAUAAUAAUAAUAACAAUUAGUAAAAGUGUCCUCCAAUUUAAGUGAAUGAUAAGCUAAAGUAAGAUAAUUAAGCAUAGAUUCUUAGCACUCAAAAGAGAAGUUGUAGCAACAAUACAUCAAUGCCUAAUAUAUAAAAACCUGUUAUGAAUAAUCAAAAGUAAAAUAACCCUGCUAUAUCUAAAUUAAAUGAGGAAUUAGAAAGAGCUAUGAAAAAUAAUAUAUUUAAUGUCAAGGAUUAGAAUUUAAGUAACUAAUUUGUUGAAUACAAUCAAGGACCAAGAUUUAGGGAUGGAAAGAUUGUACCUUAUACAAUAGUUGGAUCACCUUAGCUCUUUACAAAGUAUCAUAAUCUAGAAGAAUAAAAAAAUAGCAUAAAAGAUUAAUUAGUAAAUGUUAUAAGGCAACCCAGGAAAAAAAAUACAUUUAAGUAUACUGAUAGUGGUACUAAUUAAAACUUAUUACUACGCAAAAACUCUUAAAUAUAACUGAAUGCAACAGGGAAUUUCAAUAAUUCAAAUCUUAAUUAAACUAAUAGUGAAAAUUCCUCUGACAUCAGAUUGAAUACCAAUUACUAACAUAAAUCAAGCUUUAAGAAGAGUUCUACAUACGCUAUGAACAAUUCAGGAAUUAAUAAUAUGAAAAAAAAAUAUAGAAAUACUGAUUUUGAUGAAGUAAGUAAAGAAGAACUUAUUCAUGAGAUGAAUUUAGCUCUAUUGAGAAUCAAAUAAAAUGAAGAAGAAUAAUUGAAAAAAGAAAACCAAAUGAAUUUUGAAUAAAGAAUGCUCUUAAAUAGAGAAUAGCGUAUACUAGAAAAAUACAACAAAACAGUUACUUAAUGGGUUAAAGAUAUUAGUAAACUCUCUGAUUUCAGUCAUAGAAAACCAGAAGACUCUUUAAUGAUAAAAUCAGAUGACUAUAGAAAGAAAAUAGAAAUAUUUAACGCAUUUGAUAGCUUGAGAAGUGAUGAGCAAAGAUUCGGUCAGCGUAUUUGGUAUAUGAUGCUUCGUAAAAAUAAUGUGAAAUCUGAUAAUAAAAUAGUAAACACAAAUGAUAUUUUAAAAAAUGUAGAUAAUGAUUAAGAUGUGUAUUUAUCAAAGUCAAAUAUAAGGAAGUUUGUUAAUUAUACUUAAUAAUAAGAUAUAUCAAAACUAAAAGAUCCUUAAAUUUUUGAUCCUAGAGAGCAAACAUAAUCAGAUAUAUUCAGUAACUUUAUGACUGUAACUGUAAAUAAUCCAUACAAGCCAAUAGAAGUAGUUCGUAAAUCAGUAGGAGAAAAGAAAUGCCUAAAUUUAACAAAUAAUAACUUUAAUUAAUCAUAAUCCUCCUAUUUUAUGAACACUUAAACCUAUCUAGAAAAUAAAAUUUAAGAAAACAUACAUCUUCUAAAAAACAGAAUUGUCAUUCCAAAUGAUGAAAACAUGCAAGACUUAUUAAUCUAAGGAAAGAAUCUUUAUGAAAUUGAAAACAAAUCUUUACUCACUGAUGGAAAUCCUAAUAAUUACAAGUAUGAAAAAUUAAAUGUAAUAAGAGCAGCAAACAACUAAAUCUUAAAUAGUAGCAACAAUAAUAACUAUAAAUCAAGUGACGUAGCUCAUUCUGUAAAAGAAAGUGCUUAACAAUCUUAGCAUGAUUUAGAUGAUGAAGUUGUAUAUGAAAAGCAAUAUGAUGUUGGGGAAUUGUCAAAAACAGGAUAUUAUUUUUUCAAAGAUCUUUGA